AUGGUCAAGGUCCGGCGUGUUUAUGUUGUGACGUCCAAUCCGGAAAGGGUGCCGGAAUUCCAGAAGCUGUUGCAGCACUACGGGAUCGAGGUGCGUCAUGCCAACCCAUAUGGGUAUCGAACCAAGAAGCUUGGUCCCAAAGCACUUCUCCCUUUGGCCGAAAAGCUGCUGGGCCAAAGCACAGACGAGUACUGGACUAAAUCUGUCAUGUAUGAGCGUGUCCUCUUGCUAUGCCACGGAUCUCAUGAGCACGCCGAUGCUCCUGGAAGAGACCUUGUAGAUGGUGAACGUGUGACUGUGAGCGCCUCGCUCACGGUGUGGUGUCAAAAGACUGCCAAGAAGGACCAAGAGAGCAAAGUCUAUGUUCCUGAGGUGGAAGAGGACGUUUACAGCUAUGAGAUGGAUGCAAGGAUAGACCUCUCAAAGCGGGACGCAAAGCGGCCGGGCGUCUUCAACUGGGAUGAUGUUGUCGUCGAUCCUUACAGCGGGCUAUCUUACCACGAGAAGAAGCAAAUGGGUUUCAAAGUCUCUCCCAGAGACAUGAUGCUUUCCCAAUAUCUGCGAGACCAUGUGCACUACCGCACGAGGCGUGUCUGUCGUCACAAUCCGCUGGAAGCCUCACGGGCUGUUGAAUUUGGUGAUGGAUCUCUGGUAAGCAAAUUCUUCCUGAAGAACGAACACCUUUUUUCAGACAUCCCAGAAAAGCAUGGCCUUUGCAAUGUCUUUAGGAGCGUGCUGAACAGCGGGCUUUUUCUCCGGGCCGCAAUUACGCGGCGGGAGUUCAUCUACUGGCUACCAGGAUUGAACGCUGGCGUACCGCUUGUGCCCAAGGACGAUGCUAUCCACGAGGUGACAUUUCAGGCACAUGAUUUGACCCAUUUUUUGCUGCCAGACCUCAUCUUCACAGAGCACAGCAGACUCUACAGGCGGCUUUACAUUAUUUAUCGGAUGCUCAGCGAAGCGGUCACGCUCGUUUUUGCUGAUAUGCUGUUCGUGGAAGCUCUUAGACGUGGUGGCCUAGAGUACGAUUGGACCAAGCGACGGAUCUGGCCUUUAUUCCGCGACUGUGGGCUCGAUCCCUUCAAAGAGCCAGCCCAGCCUCAGCACCUUCUCUCCGUUUUUCGAACGCUUCUGGAAGCAAACGUUGCAUAUUGUCUGCUGGGGGACGAUACAAAAUACAUGGAGCUUCUGUCGAAUCAUUCAGGUUCCCUUCCUUCUGAAGUGCCAGCUGCAUUGAAAGAGUUCAAAGAGAAGUACAUGCCAUUCUUCGUGGAGGAUUUCCGUUGGACCUCGCAGAACUACGCGUGCAUGGCUGAGAAGGCGGAGGAGAUGAACCGCUGGUGGCGACUGGCUGCUCCAAUCCGUCAGAUCAUUGGCCAGCAGCAGCUAGGACCUGGAGCCUCCGGCCUUCAAACGAUUGCGGAGUUCGCGCAGCAAAUCAAUGCAAAUGAGACAGUGGAUGGAAGUUCGCUUGUUUGGGCGUCCUUCGAGCACGUCUUUCGAUCGCGGCUGGCGCCUGUAUUCCUGAAUUCGGUUCAGUUGGAGUCAGAUGCCUCUAAAUUGCUCUUUGCCGCUUUCGGCCGCUACAUGAUGGGGCAGUGCAUUCUGCUGGCUCGCUUCAACUUCUUGCCAGAGUCUCACAGUUGCCAUGCUGAAAUCCUUCGCGUGCUGCAAGAAGCAAAAGAUGCUGGAGGGCGGUUGGAAGAGACAGCCAUGUCUAGCUUACGCCAACACUUUGAGAGAUUCGUGGAUCUCCUAAUGGAGAGGCAGUUGAUCUCCGCGGACGACGCGCUCACCUUCAAGGAGGUCUGCCCGCUCUUCGACCCGUGUUUUGCGUCUUACGAUGAACCGCUCUCCCAGUAUGAGCAGCUGAAGAAGGUCAGCCAGGAGAUUUUGGGAGACUUCCCAGGACCUGAACUGACCGAACUCCAAGGAGGUCCAGAACCCACGAAGUUGCAGAAGACGCAGCCUCCAAACGAAGCCGGAGGCUACAAAGUCAACAGCCAAGACUGGAAGGGGAAGCGACUUCGCUGGGUGCCAAAAAAAAAGUGA